CAACUGUCACUUUUCUGCUUGCCUACAAGUUGUCACGGAGGGCACACGUUACCCUUGGGUGCUGCUUUUGCGUAUUAAAGCAAGAUGGCAGCUGUUGUUGAGAGUGUUGUCAAAUUGUUGGGGGAGCAAUGCUACAGAGACGCUAUGGAGCAGUGUCACAACUAUAAUGCACGGCUCUGCGCUGAGAGGAGUGUGCGAAUGCCUUUCCUUGAUUCUCAAACUGGUGUUGCCCAGAGCAACUGCUACAUUUGGAUGGAAAAGAGACACAGGGGACCAGGCAUGGCUCCAGGGCAGCUCUACACUUACCCAUCCAGGAGGUGGAGGAAGAAGCGACGAGUUCAUCCUCCAGAGGAUCCCCGGCUCAUCUUCCCUCCUCUAAAAUCAGAGCUAGAUUUAGGCUUGAAGAAGGAUCCUCUGCUGUCAUCAGAUGGGAGCAGCCUGGAGGCCCUGUUGAAAGGGGAACCCUUAGACAAGCGAGCGCCCACAGAGCUCCGAACGUCUGAGGACGAGUCCAACCAGAGUGACUACACCGGAAGUGUGAACCCUGUAGCACGGAUUAGAAAGAGAAUCAUUGAGCCGGAUGACUUCCUGGAUGACUUGGACGAUGAAGACUAUGAAGAAGACACACCUAAAAAAAGAGGCAAAGGAAAGGGGAAGGGUCGAGGAGUGAGCAGUACACGGAAGAAGCUGGAUGCAGCAGCACUGGAGGACAGAGACAAGCCCUAUGCCUGUGACAACCCUAUCAAACAAAAGCAUAUUUCAAAAUCUUCUGAAAGAGUCUGUGGAAAACGCUACAAGAACCGCCCUGGCCUGAGCUACCACUACGCCCACUCCCACCUGGCUGAGGAAGAAGGCGAGGAGAAGGAGGAAAUGGAAAUAAAUGAGCCGCUGCCACUGCCAGAGGAGCCAAAAACUCCUAAGAAAGGACCAGAUGGUUUGGCUUUGCCCAAUAAUUACUGUGAUUUCUGCCUGGGAGACUCCAAAACUAACCACAAGACAGGCCAGUCGGAAGAGUUGGUGUCCUGCUCUGACUGCGGACGUUCAGGUCACCCUUCCUGUUUGCAAUUCACGCCUGUAAUGAUGGCGGCGGUGAAGACGUACCGUUGGCAGUGCAUAGAGUGCAAGUGCUGUAAUAUGUGUGGCACCUCAGAGAACGAUGAUCAACUUCUGUUCUGUGAUGACUGUGACAGAGGCUACCACAUGUACUGUCUCAACCCACCAAUGUCAGAACCUCCAGAGGGGAGCUGGAGCUGUCAUCUAUGUCUGGACCGUUUGAAAGAAAAGGCGUCCAUAUACCAGAACCCAAAUGCACCACCAUUGUGAGAGCCCCACUACCGCACUGUGGAUUCUCUUCAGGAACCAUAAACUCCCCAAACAAGCUGACCUCUGAGGUCGUGUUUUCACCAGACAGAAUGUAGGAAAAAGGAAAGUGAACCGAACUGGCCUCUUUUCUCUUUAGAUAUGACUGUUACAGCUCAGCCUCAGACCAACACAUCUUUAUUUUCACCUCUUUGUCACUCAGACACUUUAGGCAGUGCUGAAUUACAACCACAAACUGCCGGUUCAUCACUUAUCCACCCCCCCCCCAUCCCCCCAGCCCUCUUUUUUUUUGGCAACAUGCACGCACACAAAGUUGCUCAAACAUCAUCUCUCCUGCGAAGUGCAGCAUUUUUCAUUGAAGCCUCAAUGGGGCUCGUUGGAAUUCAGCAGCAUGCCACUGCAUCAGAAAGACAUUUUGUAAUAUUUAUACAUUUCUAUCAUAUAUAACAGUGUGAAUUAUAUACAACCUGGACAACAGAAAAGUCCUUUUUAUGAUUUUUAUUAUUAUUAUGUAAAAA